CCUUAUCAAAAUCUUCAUAAUCUCUCUCUUUCUCUAUCCUCCUCUCCAUCUUAGUAAGAAACCAAGAAAGAAAACGUAAAAUUAAUAAAAGCUAGCCGAAACCUAAAAGCAACAACCGGAUCCGGGUUCCCGGGUUGGAGCGAGCGGGUAUACAUACGGCCGUUUGCCCUAAUCUGGCUUGACAUGCUAACUCAAACCGGUCCGCCCGGAUGCACUUUUCGCCCUUCCUCCUCCUGCUCUGAAACUCGGGGUUUUGAAGUUAGAGCUGUGAUUUUGGCUCAGUUUACAUUUCCAGUGGUUUUAGGCAAAUGGCCGAUGGUCUUGAAUUCACACCGGCGUCCUCUACACCCAAGAAGGACCCGGCAUGGAAUCAUUGCCAGACAUACCAGGACGGUCUUAGAAAACACUUGAAGUGUAUAUAUUGUGGCAAAGUCUUUAAGGGAGGCGGGAUAUAUAGAUUCAAGGAGCAUCUCUCAGGUCGAAAGGGCGGCGGGCCCAUCUGUGAUAAGGUUCCCGGCGACGUCAAGGCCACGAUCCAAAACUAUCUAGAUGGCGGUGGUUCAGGGAGGAUGAGCCGGAGCCAGAUGGAUUAUCAGGAAGACUUGAGUAGUGCCGGCUUAGUCGACAAUCACGUGCAGUUGCUAGUUAACCCUCUGGAGUAUUCAGAUUCUGGUCCUAAUAAGCGCAGGAAAAAGGAUGUUGCAUGGUUGCACUGUGAGGCACUGAAAGUCAACGACAGAGUGCAGAUUAAGUGCAAAUACUGUGGCAAAAUAUUUAAGGGUGGUGGGAUUUAUCGAUUCAAGGAGCAUCUUGCUGGUCGAAAGGGCUCUGCACCUGUUUGUCUUAAAGUUUCAGAAGAUAUCCGGAAGGCAAUGCAGCUGUUAUUGGAUGAGCUUCCAGUCAGGCCUAGCAGGGGACACAAUUUGACUCUGGAAGAAAUGAAAGCUGGUAUUGUUUCCCCAAUUUCUGCUGCUGGUCCAAUGGGUAUAUUUGGUAAUCACCAUGUUGAUGAUGAUGACAACGAUGGAGGUGGUAAUUCUGAGUCUGAAGGUGUAGAUGGGUUAGAAAUAAACCUGAAUUCCUUACUUCAUCAGGGAGGAACAGGUAAUGGGAAGGAAGACGGGACGAGAGAUAAUAGGUCUCUAGUUGCUGGUGCGGGGGGAGCUAAUGUGGAAAACUCUGUUCAUGUGAAAUUAGGCCGGUUCUUGUAUGAUGUAGGUGCGAGUUUUGAUGCUCUUGAUUCAGCUUUCUUCUCAUCAUUUAGUGGUAUGUUUUCCCAUAGAGGAGGAGCUGCAGAGGUUUUGGGCCUCUCGAGCCGUGAUCUUCGAGGCUGGAUACUGAAGAAUUUGGUCAAGGAAGUGAACGAGGAGAUCAAUAGGCAUAAGUCAACAUGGGAGAGAACUGGUUGCUCUAUUUUGGUGGAGCAAAGGACCACAGAGAGUGGUCGAAUAGUACUGAACUUCCUGGUCCAGUGUGCAAGAGGAACUGUGUUUCUGAAAUCUGUUGAUGCAUCAAACAUCGACUACUCUGCAGAUGAUCUGUAUGGUGUCCUCAAAGAAGUGGUUGAAAUUGUAGGACCCGAACAUGUUCUUCAAGUGAUUACACACGUUGGAGAACAUUAUGCUGUUGCUGGGAAGAACCUAAUGGAUAAUUUUCCUUCUCUGUAUUGGGCCCCUUGUGCUGCUAAUUGCAUUGAUUUGAUGCUGGAGGAUUUUGGAAAAUUCGAAAUAAUUAGUGGAGUGAUCGAGAGAGCUAGAUCCAUCACCAAAUUUUUCUACAACCAGAGCGCUGUUUUGAAGCUGAUGAGGACUUUUACUUAUGGCAAUGACAUCUUACAGCAAGGACCUACUCGAUCUGCAACCAACUUCACUUCCUUGAAACGACUAGCUGAUUUCAAACUCAAUCUGCAAACUAUGGUUACUUCACCAGAGUGGAUGGAAUCUCCUUACUCUAAGCUACUCGGGGGGAUGGCAGCUAUGGAAGUUAUUAACGACCGAUCAUUUUGGUCUGAUUGCAUUGUGAUUAUUCGCUUAACAAGUCCGCUCCUUCGUGCUUUAAAUGUAGUGAGCAGUCAAAAGAGGGGUGCAAUGGGUUAUGUACUGGCAGCUAUCUAUCGAGCGAAGGAGGCUAUUAGGAGGGAACUAACUAAGAGCGAGGAGUACAUGGUAUACUGGAACAUCAUUGAUGAAAGGUGGCAACUACAGAAGCACCUUCCUAUUCAAGCUGCAGGCUUCUUCCUCAACCCUAAAUUCUUCUAUGGAAGCGGGGGAGAGUUGCAGAUCCCCACAUCUAAGAUGUUGGACUGCAUCGAAAGGUUGGUUCCUGAACUUCCUGAUCCAGAGGUCCAAGAUAAGACUGCUGGGGAACUAAACCUGUACAAGAGUGCUGCUGGGGAUCUUGGGAGAAAGAUGGCUGUUAGAACUAGAGAAACCAUGCUUCCCGCUGAAUGGUGGUCAACAUAUGGCGGAGGCUGCCCGAAUUUGGCACGAUUAGCGGUUCGGAUCCUAAGUCAGCCUUGUGGCAUUCCAGUUUGCAACUGGAACCAUAUCCCCUUUGAGAAGUUGCACAGCUCAAGGAACUGCCUCGAGCGUCAACGACUGGCAGAUACCAUCCUUGUCCAAUGUAACUUUCGUCUUAAGCAAAUGUCGAAUGAAAGUCGAAAACAUAAUUCAGGAGAUGUCAUAACAUUUGAAAACAACAGUCUGAUUGAGGAUUGGAUCGCCGAAAAUGAGAUGAACUUAGAGGACUACGGGGAGAUGGAUUGGAUGGCGCUUGUCCCGUCUAACACCAACUCGAUGCAGCUGGCAUCUUCAGUUGACGAAACUGAAGACUUGGGUACAGCUUUUGGUGACCCGGAGAUCCUUAACGGUCUGGUCUAAACCGUAGAGAAGAAUAAGUGGCAUCGAUGGGUGGGCAGAGAUCUUGACCUUGUUUUUCUUUUUUCUUUUGCUUUCAUGGUGGCUAUGUGUGAAAAAGCUUUGAGGACUUGUUCCUUUCUCAUUCUGGAGUGAUCUUAAUGCAGAAAUCAAAGGCUUAUUUUAACAUUUCAGCCCCCUCUUUUGUGUUGCUUUGAGUUAUGAGCUUCUCCUGGUAGGAGUAACUGUUUCCAAAGUCAGAAUCUGUGUAGUAUUCGUUGAUUAAACAGAAACCCUAGCAGUAGUAUUCGUCUCCCUUAUGUUCUAGUUGGUUUUUGGGUACCUUGCGUCACAAGUUUCUAAGACCUGCACUCUUUAUAUAGCUCUCCCGCCCUUUAGCUUUCCUCGUCGGUACCGUCUUUGGAAGGUCCGUCAAAAGCAACUAUUUUUUUUAUCUUUCUUCUCAUAGCUUCGGCAAAGCGGAAACCCUAGCCACUGUCAGAGCUCCAGCCUUGUCGUCGUCGAUGGUGGCUGGGGGAGCUAUCGACAGGGUGAGCAAUCUCCCUGACCACAUCCUGCAUCACAUCCUCUCCUUCCUCGACACCAAAUCCUGCGCGCGGACCAGCAUUCUCUCCAGGGGAUGGACCAAACUGUGGAAAGACGUCGUCGAAUUCGACGGGCUAAGCCGACUCCCGGACUACAUCCUGCACCUCAUCCUAUCCUUCCUCAGCCUCCAAUCCUCCGGCCGAACCAGCAUCCUGUCGCGGAGGUGGGCCAACCUGUGGAAAGGCGCCCCCGACGUCCUCACUACCGUCCGUGCAAUCGACUUCCGUACUGCGGCAAGUUUUCAAAACCUCCUGUCUUCUCUUCGUUCACACCGUAGUACUGUAACUGUCAGGAGAAUUGGUUUCCAGUCCCGGAGAGUAAUGGAAAAAGAAUACAAGAUGUUUGAUAUGCUCAUGGAAUAUGCUGCCAGCGCCGGCCCUGACCAGCCCCUCCAGGUUCUAACCCUCGAUGCGAAUCAAUGCUAUCCUUUCUACCGGAUGACCGACUCCAUCACCCGCUACGGCCACCACAAGUCUCUCACUGCUCUCAAAUUGACGGCAGCGCCGCUCUACGCUUCUGCGGACCUCUGCCUCACGGCGUUGACUACCCUGGAAUUGGAUCACUGCGAUCUGAACUACGAUGCUUUCGCCGGUCUUCCUUGCUUGAGCAGCCUGAAGAUGGUCUGCUGCGAUUCCCGCAGGUCGCCCCUGAGAGUGUUCGGACCCCAGCUGCUGAACCUCGAGAUCGGUGGCGGCGAUUGGCGUAGGAGCUGUUCAUUUAGUCAGCUGUAUGCGCCGAAGCUGGAGCGUUUCUGGCUGGACGGUCAUGCUCCCGAGGUUUGUUACCUCCUCAAGGACGUCGAAUUUGCCUCCCUUGCUCGCGCCAGUGUCCGGCUGGACUGCACGCAGGUGGAUGAUAUGUGUAUGUUUCGUGAGCCCGCGUUCAGGGCGUUUCUGCGUGGCCUGCGCAAUGCGGAGUCUCUCGAGCUGCGUUGUUUCGAAGUUACGACUCGAUGCCAAGACUCUCUCGUCGCUCGGAUGAAGCCAUUAGUUGAGGACGAGCUCUCUGGUUUUACCAGAUUGAAGAGUGCUCCUGAGAUUCGAAUUCGAGGCUCGAGGGGCGGAGUCGGGUCUCUGUUGGAAGUUGGACCGCAACAGCAUGAAGAAUCCGAAUCCUUUCAGGAGAAGAAUUGGUUAUGGGCCCCAGUUUGAAAAAUCAGGGUCAGUAAAAGAAACGAUGUCGACAAAGUCAGUCGAGUGGUUUAUUUCAGUUAGUCACUCUUGUUAUAACUCAGAGUCGAAUCAUGGUUGCCCAUUUGUAG